UAACCAAGCAUUUGAUCGAUAAUUAAGCUAAUUAAUCGAGGAUAUCUAAUACACCCCGUUUCAUCAGCGUUGACAAUUUCGAAAUUGGAUUUUAUGCCGGGGACCAAAAUUACAGAAAUUUCGGAAAUUUCUGGCCGAAAUUAUUUAAAAUUUUGAAUGAAUUUGAAUAAAAUUGGAUCAAAUUCACAAAAAUUUGCAAAAAAAAACCCCGGAAAUUUCAUGUGAGAUUUGAGCAUGCCGAUGGGGGAGAAAUUACCGAAAUUUCAAACCCUGCGUUUUAUAUAGCCUCCACACGUGUGCCUCAAAUAAGUACAUCGCUGACCAUGAGAGAGGUAGAUUAAUAUUGCUAUAGUAAAAUGAACUCUUGGUGCCUCUAAAAUUUGUUUUUCCACUGGCUUUGGAAAUGGACCACUAGUUAUUAAGCUAGAAAUGCACUCCUCGUAAUAAAACUUUUAAAUGCUAGUGUGCUUAUUCUGGGGCAUACGAAGAGAGUAGUUGUUGUUUCAUGUUUAUUUUUCCCCAUUAUAUUUAUAUGUCUAGAUCUACCACUCUAAACCCACGGGUGAUAUGGGUUUGUGCUAAAUUAAACAGUUCAUUUUGUUUUGUACCAUUUUUAGUUAACUAUAUUUCACUAUGUGCUUAAUACUUUCUUUUUGAUCGAUAUUUGCAAAAAUGUGAGGUUAAUCAUGAAUCAAUUUCCUCCCAUAUCUAAAUACCUCAAACUAGCUGAAAAUCACCCCCUCCCCAGCAAUUUUGUGCUGGUGUGGACCUUGGCGGGAGGCAACACGUCACCCACGCUGCAUUCCGGUGGGAUUUUGUGAGCUCGUGUUUGUUCGCAUCAACGCAAUUACGAGACGAGAGAGUACAUUAAUUAAUAUGCAGUGCACAUCUGGAACAGAAAAAAAAAAUGUAACGCAAUAACCCAUGCACUGCACAUGAUGAUUAUCAUAUCGCGGUUGCCUACAUAAACUAAGAUUUGCAUCUCUUCCUCGCAGCUUCGCUUCUUGAGAUUGGAGACAAUGCCAGUUGUUUUUUAUUUACAGGACUUACAUUUGGUGCUCUACAGUGGUCUCUAAUAUACAAUUCCUAAGGCAAUAACUAAAACAACGGCCUCCAGUAUAUAUAAACUACGUUGCAAAUAUUGCAAUGGUAACUAAAAUUAAUUCUGGAUCGACAUAAAAGAAAACAUUGAUAGCACAUCCAACAAAAUUAUUAUUAACUAGUUUUGUCAAAACAUUGAUAGCUAGUGGAAGUGAUCAAUUCUUCAGGCUUCUGCUGAAGCCUGAAGAAACCAUGUCAGUUGAGAAAUCAGUACAGUACAAUCAAGCUAGUGAUCAAUUUAUUUUCAUGAAUAAUAAUGGCUUAAAAAACGACAAAUAACGGCUAGUAGCUGGGCUAUGAGCCAGGAAAAAAACUCAUCAGCUGGACUUGGUUGAGGCAGGGUUUGCAAUUUCGUUUUCAACAAAAAUUUUUGUAGAACCGAAUUUUCAGAAUUUUUGGUAUUUUUGGACCGAAUUUUUCUGAAGUUUUGACAAAAUUUAACUGAAUUUGACAUAAUUUUGACCAAAUUCACAAAAAAUUGAGAAAAACCAAAAAUUUUGGCCCAGAUAUUUUGAGGUGGAAAUAAUGGACAAAUUAAAUGGGCUGCAAAUAAAAAAAAAAGAAGUAAAUUAGAAGGAAAAAAAAUCAAGAAUCCCAAUUUUGAGUGGGAAAUUGUAGCUUCAAUAACACGAUUUUUAUUAAUUUGAUCAUUGCUCUCAGACUAGCUAUAAUCCGGGAUCAAACAUGAUUUUUUUUUCCUUUUUAGUACAAGCCACGUAAAUGCCUUAGGGGCCUUGUUGCCGAAUGCCGACAACUUGCCCAUUAGAUCACAUCACUACCUGAGCUUCUUUCGUCAAGAUCAAGUCCUAAACUACUCCUAAUCUCCGAGCUCUGUGUAGCGUGUAUCUUCCUCACCAAAUCACUUCCCCAACGCACGCAACACGCGAGGUAUUUUCUAUCUAUUAUCAUAAUGUAGCGGAUGAUGAAAAUUAAUGGAGUAUUUCUUAUCUCAAUACUUAUGUUAUUAUUAUCAAUUAACCCCAUAUCAUUGGGAUUGGGAGGCAUAUGCGCCAUGGAUACCAUCACCAAUCUAUCUAUAAAACCAAGGUGGUCGUCGUCUCCAAAUGCAGACGACGCCAUUGCAGAAUUGCACACACACGAACAUCACGUAGUUGUUGAUGGCGAGACCGCACGCCGUGGUGGUGCCCUACCCUGGCUCCGGCAACAUCAACCCGGCGCUGCAGCUCGCCAAGCUGCUCCACGGCCAUGGCGUCUACAUCACCUUCGUCAACACCGAGCACAACCACCGCCGGAUCGUGGCCGCCGAGGGCGCCGGCGCCGUGCGCGGCCGCGACGGGUUCCGGUUCGAGGCGAUCCCGGACGGCAUGGCUGACGCCGACCACGACAUCGGGAACUACGACCUCGCGCUGUCCGCGGCGACGAGCAACCGGUGCGCAGCGCCGCUGCGGGAGCUCUUGGCGCGGCUCGACGACGGUGGCGCCGGCGCGCCACCGGUGACGUGCGUGGUGGUCACGGCGCUGAUGAGCUUCGCGCUGUACGUGGCGCGGGAGCUCGGCUUGCCAACCAUGGUGCUCUGGGGCUCUAGCGCGGCCGCACUAGUGACACAGAUGAGAACCCGAGAGCUACGGGAGAGAGGCUACAUCCCACUCAAAGAUGAGAGCUUGCUGACAAAUGGCCACCUCGACACGACCAUCAUCGACUGGAUCCCCGGCAUGCCGCCGAUCAGCCUCGGCGACAUCUCCAGCUUCGUCCGCACCACCGACGCCGACGACUUCGGCCUCCGCUUCAACGAGGACGAGGCCAACAACUGCACCAUGGCCGGCGCCCUUGUCCUCAACACCUUCGACGGCCUCGAGGCCGACGUCCUCGCCGCCCUCCGCGCCGAGUACCCGCGCAUCUUCACCGUCGGGCCCCUCGGAAAUCUCCUCCUCAACGCCGCCGCCGACGAUGUCGCCGGGCUGAGCCUGUGGAAGCAGGACACCGAGUGCCUCGCGUGGCUGGACGCGCAGGAGAUGGGCGCCGUCGUGUACGUCAACUUCGGCAGCCUCACCGUGCUGACGCCGCAGCAGCUCGCCGAGUUCGCGUGGGGCCUCGCCGCGACGGGCCGCCCAUUCCUGUGGGUCAUCAGGGAGAACCUCGUCGUCCCCGGCGACGGCGGCGGCGACGCGCUGCUGCCGACGGGGUUCGCGGCGGCGACGGAGGGGCGGCGGUGCGUGGCGACGUGGUGCCCGCAGGAUCGCGUGCUGCGCCACCGCGCCGUGGGGUGCUUCGUGACGCACAGCGGGUGGAACUCGACGUGCGAGGGCGUCGCCGCCGGCGUGCCGAUGGUGUGCUGGCCGGUGUUCGCCGACCAGUACACCAACUGCAAGUACGCCUGCGAGGCGUGGGGCGUCGGCGUGCGGCUCGACGCCGAGGUGAGGCGGGAGCAGGUCGCCGGCCACGUCGAGCUGGCGAUGGAGUCGGAGGAGAUGCGGCGCGCCGCGGCGAGGUGGAAGGCCCAGGCGGAGGCGGCGGCGCGCCGCGGCGGGUCGUCGUACGAGAACCUGCAGAGCAUGGUGGAAGUGAUCAAUUCUUUCAGCUCUAAAGCCUGAAGCCUGAAGCCUGAAGAAACCAUGUCAGUUGAGAAAUCAGUAGUACAUCAAGCAAGUGAUCAAUUUAUUUUCAUGAAUAAUAAUGGCUAGAAGCCGCUGGGUUAUUAGCCAGGAAAAAGACUCAUCAGCUGGACUUGGUUGAGGUGGAAAUAAUGGACAAAUUAAAUGGGCUGCAAACAAGAAAGAAUUAAAUUAGAAAGGAAAAAAAAUCAAGAAUCCCAAUUUUGAGUGGGAAAUUGAAGAUUCAAUCUGUUAACAUGAUUUUUAUUUGAUCA